AGCGGAUGCGUGCUCGAGAACGGGCCCCGCCCCUCCGCCGCACAGCCCGUGACGUCACGGGGCGCCGGCCUCCGCCCGGCUGCAAGCGGCACUCCACAGAAGCCCAGACCCCUCUGCUCCCCAUGGGCAGCUGCCAGGCAGGGCACAACUUGCAUCUCUGUCUGGCUCAUCAUCCACCUUUGGUCUGUGCCACUUUGGUCCUGCUGCUCCUUGGUCUCUCUGGCCUGGGACUUGGUGGCUUCCUCCUCAGCCACACGACUGGCCUACGUAGCCCUGAUAUUCCCCAGGAUUGGGUUUCCUUCUUGAGAUCUUUUGGCCAGCUAAGCCUGUGCCCCAUGAAUGGGACAGUCACAGGGAAGUGGCAAGGGCCUCACGUCGUUGGCUUACUCACUACUUUGAACUUCGGAGAUGGUCCAGACGGGAACAAAACCCAAACAUUCCAAGCCAAGAUCCAUGGUAGUCAGAUAGGAUUGAAAGGGUCCUUUGCAGGAGAGUCAGUCCUCGUCACAGCCAGAGUGGCCUCAGGAAGAACUCCGGGGACCUGCCUCUAUUUUAGUGCUGUUCCAGGAAUCCUGCCCUCUAGCCAGCCACCUAUAUCCUGCUCAGAAGACGGAGCUGGAAACGCUACCCUGAGCCCCGUGAUGGGUGAGGAGUGUGUCAGGGUCUGGAGCCACGAACACCUUGUGCUCACCAAGCUGCUCACUUCCGAGGAGCUAGCUCUGUGCGGCAGCAGGCUGCUGGUCUUGGGCGCUCUCCUGCUUCUGCUCUGUGGUCUUCUCUGCUGUGUCACUGCCCUGUGCUUCCAUCCACGGCCAGAGUUCCACUGGUCUAGAACACGGCUGUGAGGGCGCUGGCCUGCUCCUUCCUCUGUUCUCAGGUGCAGAUCAAAUUCUUGGGCCUACUUCUGAGUUUAGAAGACCUAUUACAAAAAAAAAAAAAAAAAAAAGAA